CAACUUGCCCCGUGUAUUUUUCUAGGCCUACGUGAGGUGCACAAAUACACACCUAUAGCGUUCAAACGACCACAAUCCUCCUUUAUUCAUUCAAACUCAUAAAUCUUUCUUUUCCCCAGCCAGUGAUGUUCUUCUUCAUCUGUGAUGAAACUCUCUGUUGCCUGUUGAGCUCGUUCGCGUCGGCGUGGUGGACGCGCAUGCAUGUUAUGAAUUUGAAACGAGAGAAAUUAAGUUUGAUAUGAAGUAUUUCAUCUCAUAAAUACCGUUUCACUGAGACGAAUAAUUUACAUCGGUGAGUCAUUUAAGAGUUUGGAGAGGAUUUUUGAGAAGAUGUUAGUGAGGUUUGCGUUAAACUGUCACAUGAGGUCUGAUGUCAUACGGGACGCGCGCGCAGGCAGCGGCUCCGGUAAGCUGGCACUCAUCAAUUGAACAGCAGCGGGCCAAAGAAAUCAGCGCAUUGCGCACACACAGCUUUUGAUGGUGGGAUAAAACCUGUGGAUUUUCAUAUCAAUCUGGCAGGUUGCAGCUGGAAAUAAGGAGAUGGACAGCAACGUGGUGCAAAUCUUUAAAGAGGACAAAUGUCCCUCUGCUCACCCCGAAAAGUGUUUACCCAACUUCACGUGGCAGUCUGUCGUCUCGGACAUGUAUAACUAUUCCGUGAAUGAAACCUGGACGAGUGAACAGGAAACCAUGUCUCCCAUCAUUCCCAUUAUCGCUGCUGUCUACUCUGUGGUGUUUGUUGUAGGACUCGUGGGAAACUGCCUUGUUAUGUAUGUCAUCAUCAGGUACACUAAAAUGAAAACCGCCACCAACAUUUACAUCUUCAACCUGGCAGUGGCUGACGCUCUGGUAACCACCACCAUGCCCUUUCAGAGCACCGAUUACCUGCUCAACUCGUGGCCAUUUGGAAAGGUGGUGUGCAAGGUUUUCAUCUCCAUCGAUUAUUAUAACAUGUUCACUAGCAUCUUCACCUUGACCAUGAUGAGUGUCGACCGCUAUGUGGCGGUCUGUCACCCCGUGAAGGCUUUGGACUUUCGCACUCCGGUGAAAGCCAAGCUCAUCAACGUCCUGAUAUGGGUCCUGUCCUCCGCUGCUGGGAUCCCGGCAAUGGUUCUUGGGAGCACUAAGACAAACAAUGGCACUACAGAGUGUGCUUUGCAGUUUCCAGACCCAUAUAUCUACUGGGAUACACUGAUGAAAAUCUGCGUCUUCAUCUUUGGCUUCGUGGCUCCUCUCCUCAUCAUCACCGUAUGCUACACUCUCAUGGUCCUGCGUCUGAAGAGCGUACGGCUGCUCUCAGGCUCGCGCGAGAAAGACCGCAACCUGAGACGCAUCACCCGGCUGGUGCUGGUUGUGGUCGCCGUGUUUGUGGUCUGCUGGACACCCAUACACAUCUUCAUCCUGGUCAAAGCUCUGGCGACCGGAGUGCCCGAGACCACCGCCGUCAUGGCCGCCUACUUCUUCUGUGUGGCGUUGGGCUACACCAACAGCAGCCUUAACCCCAUCCUGUAUGCUUUCCUGGAUGAGAACUUCAAGCGCUGCUUCCGGGACUUCUGCUGCCCGGGCCGGACUGCAGGGGACGGGCACGGGGUCAGCCGCGUGAGGAGCACGCUCCGUGAGCACACGUGCCCCGCGGAGGGCAAAGGUGAAGGAGGCCACGGAAGACCUGUAUGACUAGCCGUGGAGAUGUCUUCCUUUCAUGGUCGGGAAGACUCAAAUGACCUGGGACUGACACAGAUAACCACUGCCAUCUAAGGAGGGUUUCUUUAGAGUAGAUAAAGAGCCCAAUAUAAUUAAAGCAAAAUUAAGGCUUUUCUUGUAUGAAUGGAGUUUUAGGUUCUUAUCAACUUAUACAAGUAUUUGUUGUUGUUUUCUUGAAUUAUGUCAUAUUUGAUGACCAGGAGGAGGAGUGAUGGACCAAAAAUGGUGUAUAAUAAUAAAAGUCCCCUUACAUUAAAACAUCAUCUCAGUGCAGGAUGGUAUCUGCUCUGGGCCUUAGUACGAGUAAUGCCAUUAGUUUAAAAUAUGUGUUGACACUGUAGCCUAAAAACAGCAUUUACAUCUAUAUUUAGUAGAUGCUUUUAUCCAAAGUGACUUGCUUAGAGAGCAUUUAAUAUUUUGUCAAUGAGCACCAGACAAAAACAAUGUUUGUAUGCAUUGUAAAUGGUCACAAAGCUUUUAUUUUGGAUUGUGCAAUGUGUUAUCACUCAGGAAAAUACAUAUCUUUAAUGUGCAAAUCUGUUUUUGAGAGGGAUAAAGCUAAACAAGUCCACUCCAAAAGAAAAUGGCAUAAAGUUAGGAUGAAUUACAUCACGUAUGGUUGAUUCAAACCUACUCAUAUAUUCUUUAUAUUUGAUUUAUGUUAAAAGAUCACGUAAACUGUAUGAGUUGCCUUAAGUCAAGCUUAAGUCUAGUUUAUACUGUCCUGAGAAACAUCAACAGGGACACACCCUUUAGGUUUUGGUUGGGUUUAGACCUGUCAAUAGCCUAUUUAUCCACCAGGUGUGUUUAAAAUGUUGGUAUUGUUGGCCAGUGUGUGAACUAGUAGCACUAUGGAGUCAUAAAUGUUUAUAUUAACAUGAACUCGGUUCGGUUUGUCCAUAUUGGGUUAAAACAACCCAACAUUUUUUUAGAGUGUAAGUAUAAUCAUAUUACAUAAGAUGUAAAUAAUAGUGUCUGUGAAAAAACAGCAAAUGAAAUGUUUGUGCUUUUGGGCAUAGGGCUUUUAAACAACUGACUAAAGGACUGAAGUUACUUACAGUAGUCAGGUUUUUCAAAAUAAUACAUCAUUUCUUUUCCAAUCUAAAAAAGAUGUACAUUUCUAAUGCAUGUUUAAUCUUUGAGUAGAAUAAUGUUUAUGUAUAUGACACAGUAUGAUACGGUUAGAAGUAAUUGUUGUGAUAAAACUAAAUUAUUUAUCAUAAUGUAAAAAGCAAAACACGAAAUAUACGUGGCAGGUGUGGUAUGCAUACCUCUUGUAAUAAUACUUUUAAUGUGAAUGUUGAUUUUUUUGUUGAAAGUUUAGUUUAGGUUGAUAAUGUUGACGCAUUUCUAAUGUUGCCUUUUGGUGAUGUGUAUUCACAAAGCAAAAAAAAAACUAUAAUGAACUCCUGAUGACAUCUUGACAAAGAUGGCUUCAACAUUUCUUUUAGGUUAACUGUGUUAAGUGUGGAUGACUGUGUUAAGACUGGAUGGGAUCUGUUAUUAUUCACUUAUAUACGGAUAUAGAUUAUGACAUCAUCUGUACUCUUUUGUCAUAGCAGUAUUAGCAAUGAAUUGCAAAAGUGUGAAAAAUGUAAUGACCUUUGUGCCUUUGGUUUUCAUGGUUAAUCAAUGACAUUAUUGCUUAGAUUUGUUUAUCUUAAAUGCUUUAUACAGCAUAUUAAAAUGUAGAAAGACAAAGGCUUCUAAUACGUUCAUUGUUGUGCUUGUACUAUAAUUUAACAAAAGAUCUAGAAAAUACGUUUGGCACUCAGCUUAUGAUUUAAUAUGUGCACUUUUUGUAAUCGAUUGAAAUGAGCUUUGCUAUGGCACACGUACCUUGCUUGUAUAAUAUUACUUGUAUUUUAAAAUGAUAUUGUCAAUAAAUUAAAUUAAUA